AUGAUCGCGCGCUCUGCCAUCUCCAGGCAGGCCCAGCGAGCUGCGCGCCAGUCGUGGCAGCAGUCGAGAAACUAUGCUGCGGCGACCGGCUCCCUAGCAUACCAGACUGGCGAUGCCAAUGGCAUCAAGGUCGCCAGCAGAGAUCAGCCCGGCGCCGUCUCUACACUCGCACUCGUCACCAAGGCCGGCACACGAUACGAGCCAGUCCCAGGCCUUGCAGAGGCGCUGCAGCGCUACGCGUUUAAGUCCACCGAGCGACGAUCGACUCUCCGUAUACAACGCGAAUCAGAGCUGCUGGGCUCAGAGCUCCUCCGCAACCACACCCGCGAGAACCUCAUAGUCGGUGCCAAGUUCCUUCGCGAUGAUCUCCCAUACUUUGUUGAGCUGCUCGCCGAGGUCGUGAGCAUGACCAAGUACCAGCAGCACAUCGUGAACGAGGAGGUCAUUCCCGUGAUGCAACUCAACUCCAAGCACCACAUUGGUAACACUCUCUCCCUGGCUACUGACAGCGCACACGGUCUUGCUUUCCACCGCGGUCUCGGAAUGGCCGAGAAGCCGACUUCGUCAGUGUUCAGCAAAUAUGUGACAGCCGAUGCCUUGACCGAAUAUGCCGGAGCAGCAUACGCUAAGCCAAACUUCGCGAUCGUUGGAAACGGUAUUGAGCAGUCAGCUCUUACCAAGUGGGUUGGCGAGUUCUUCACCGACGUUUCUGAGCAGUCAACCUACGAGAUCAAGUCUGAGCAGAGCAAGUACUACGGUGGCGAGGAGCGCAUUGCUCACGGCUCUGGCAACUCCAUGGUUCUGGCCUUCCCUGGCUCCAGCUCCGCGACUGGCUCCUUCUACAAGCCGGAAGUGGCUGUCCUCGCAGCGCUUCUUGGUGGUGAAACCAGCAUCAAGUGGGCACCUGGCUUCUCUCUUCUUGCAAAGGCUGCCGCGGAAACACCACUUCUCCACAUCUCCACCAAGUCGCUCACCUACACUGAUGCUGGCCUGCUCACCAUCGGCCUGAAUGGUACUGCCUCGGACAUCCGCGCCACGGCACCAAAGGUUGUUGAGGCUCUUAAGGGUGCAGCACAAACCAUCAGCGAGGAGGACUUCAACAAGGCCAAGGCGCUCGCGAAGUUCAAGGAGCUCGAAUUCGCGUCCGGAACACAAGCCGCAAUCGAGUACACUGGUGCUGGCCUUGUCCGUGACGGCAAGCCAUACCAGAUCAACGAAGUUGCAUCAUCCCUGGAUGGUGUGACAUUGGACAAGGUCAAGCAGGUCGCCAAGGAGGGUCUUGAGAACAAGGCUUCCGUAAGUACAGUCGGCGACCUGUACCAGCUACCUUAUGCAGAGGAGAUUGGCCUGAAAGUGUAA